AUGUUUGUGCUUCAUGAACCCCAGAAGCUGCAGAUUACGUAUGAAUCGCUGGAAAAGAGCAUCCCUGAGUCCUUGAAGGUAUAUGGUGCCAUUUUCAACAUUAAAAAUAAAAACCCAUUCAACAUGGAGGUGCUGGUUGAUGCCUGGCCAGAUUAUCAGAUAGUCAUUACUCAGCCUCAGAAAGAGGAGAUGAAAGAUGACCUGGAUCAUUAUACCAACACUUACCACAUCUUCACCAAAGCUUCUGAUAAGUUAAAGAAAGUCCUGGCAUGCCCCCAGGUUAUCAGUUGGGAACAACCUUUCCAGAUCCAAGGUUGCCAAGAGAGUUUGGGAGAGGCAAUAGCAGCUUCAAAAUCAGUGCAGGUGGAUUAUUUGAAGAUCACACUCAUGACACAAAUACCAAUGGAACCCAAGACAUCAAGUGAUAACCAGGUGGACUUGGUGGAGUCAUUUAUCAUGCCCAAAACGGAUGAAGAUAGCAAGAAAGGAAGCUUUCAGAACAUCUUGGAUGCCUCCCACGUGGAGCUUGUGAAUGAGCAGUGGAAUUUUGGAAAAAAUGGGAGGAGCUUGAAAUAUAUUGAAUGCUACCUCAAGAAUUUUCCAGGAUUUGGUGUGCUGGGUCCAGAGGGGGACACUAUCUCUUGGACUGUGAUGGAAUAGUCUUGUGAGAUGAGAAUGGGUUACACUGUCCCCAACCGAGACCAAGGCUACAUGAAGAAAAUUGGUUCUCACUUUAUAAAGUAUUUUAUUCAGAAAAAAAUGCCAUUUAAUUUCCAUGUGUCAAAAGAUAAAGAAAACCUUCAGCCACUGAGAAGUGUGGAGUUUAAGUCUGCUCCUUGUGGUUGGCAUCAGUGGAAAUGCACUCCUAGAAAAUAUUGUUGA